UAUCGUAUAAACAAGAGAAAAUAAUAAUUCUAAAACAAAUGGUUAAUUAAAGAUUUGAUAUCUAGCGUUACUGAAAGUUUCCGGAACACACAAAUUGAGACAGUGGUUGAUUUGGCGUCGAUGCAAUUUGUUUAACCUCCUUAUACUGAAAACGAUCGAAACAAACUAGAGUAAACAUGUCGAGCACAUCGCAAAAGCAUAAAAACUUCGUCGCUGAACCCAUGGGCGAGAAACCUGUUACUGACCUCGCGGGGGUUGGGGAAGUUCUCGGACGCAGAUUAGAAGGAGCAGGCUUCGAUAAGGCGUACGUAGUACUUGGCCAGUUUCUGGUUUUAAAAAAGAACAGAGAAUUAUUUCAAGAAUGGAUGAAAGAUAUCUGUUCAGCUAAUGCUAAGCAAUCUAACGAUUGUUAUCAGUGCCUCUGUGAUUGGUGCGAUGAAUUCUUAUAAAUAAUUAUAAGAUCUAAUGUUAAUGCUAUAAGAAAUUUAUAUUAAUAUAAAAAAGUGUCUAUUGUAAUAUUUUAUUGUAAAAUGUAAAAGAGUUAUCAAUCACAUAUGAUUUAACUAUAACGAGAACAACUAUCCGAAGAGGUAUUUUAAUAUUUGGUAUAACUGUAAUCUCAUGUGUCAGCUUAGCAUUAAGAUUUUGGUAUUGACAAGAAGACAAUGUAUUAAUUAUGUGCUAAUAUUUAUAUGUUUAAUUACACUGUAUUUAUUUUUUGACAAUCAUGUUUUCGUACCAUUUUUGCAUAACAAAUGUAUAAACCACAUGUAUUCAUAAUGUGAAUAAUUCUCUAGGCAAACUUCAUUCAAAAAUAUAUUCUUAAAUAUACAGUCCAAUUA